AUGUUGCCUCAAAACAAAGACCAGGUGCUGCUACAGAACGCAGUGUCCCCUGGAAACCCCCCUCAGGGACCCUCACAACUUGUGGACUCUCCUUGCCCCAACCAACAGCCUCUCCCUCCCCGCCAAUCGCUUCCUUUUCCCAAUUUCUCCUCUUCCUCUCCAUCCCACCUACCCCUCUCUCCUUCCCCACAGUCCCACUCUCCAGAUUCAUAUUUCUACUCUUCGUACUCAAAUUUUGACUCUGUUCCAUAUCUCUAUUCUUCCUCUGUCCCAACUUCCCCUACGUUCUUUCACCAGCAUUAUCCUUCACCCUCCUUCCCACAGUCCUCCUCUCCUUCUCAGCCACAGAACUCUCUCUCCAAUUCCCCUUGCUACUCUCCUUCCCAGCCCCAAGGCCCACGUAGCUCCAGAUCUACCUCCCCCAGCUUCAGUCUACCUUCUGGGGUUCAUUCUUCAAGGCCAACAAGGCACUUGCAUCAGUACAGGGACUCCGGGUCCCCUGGGGGUGUGGAGGGAUGUGUGGCAAGCGAGAGGGACCCUGCAGAGUUCAGGGACCCAGGGGCCCUGGCCCAGGCCCUGGUAGUCCAUCUGGGGCACCGCCGAAUCGCACACGACCUACGUCUACUGCUUUUGCAGCAACUGUGGCUAGGCAGACCCAACCAGGCCCCAGUCGUGGAGUAUCCUAUAUGCCUGGUGUGUCUCCGGCCACGCAGCCCGUCCUGUCCCAUCCCCAGAUACAGGACUGGGCCGCGGCUGCUGGCCUUCCCCCAACUACUGCCCUGUGCACAGGGCCAGGAGUCCGGGCCUCUCCGCAUAGGCAUAGGCUUUGGCCUCCGCCUGCCUCGGGGCCAGGCCAGGGCCUUGCAUCUGUUGCCAGAAAGAAGUCCGGAGGAAGUAGGACCUCAGGGCGAGACUGCUCAGGCCCCCCAGUGUCAAGCCCGGGCAUCUCAGGCACCAGAAUCUCAAGCCCCAACAUCUCAAGCACCAAUGGCACAGGCUGGGCCAGAUUUAGCCCCAGGCAUAGUUUCCCAGACCGGGAGAUUCAGGCCACCAGACCUUCAAUCACCAAAUUCCACCAGCCGCUCAGGGCCUCCCCUGCAGGCACCAAGACAGGCCACUGCUUCUCCGAAGUCCAAGCCUUCCUCUGUCCCAAAGAGGUCUGUCUAUUUAGAAUCCAUUCCCCCAAAGUCACCAUCCUGGUUCCAGAGCCACGGAGGGUCCCCGGAGCACCUCUUCCAAACACCACCCUCCCCACCAGACCCCAGAUUUCUGCGAGGCCCCAAGACACCCUGA